AUGACAGCAGAUGACGGAAAUAAAGGCCUUUGUCAAGAUUGCGGUGCAGCCAAUCGAGAGAUCUUCAAGGACCUCAGUGACGGAGGACUGUACUGCAAAGAGUGUUGGGUGCUUUACUAUGGCAGACUUCCGUUGCAGCAACUUGCGCCUUCGCGGAGUGCCGAAAGAGACCUGUCGAGCUCACAACUGGAGGACUUGCUUCCAGAGGAUGCUCCAAAGCGCCAUGCGGCCCACAGCGCGGUCAAAUAUGCAGCUGGCAAGAAAGCUUUCUGCUUUCGCUGGCAGGCAGCUGGGCAAAGCAUCCAUUUUCAGACAACAGUACCCGCAGCUGGUGGCUCCGCAACGGCAGCUGCGGUCAUUGCAAGAUCAUGCUACGUGAAGUUUGAGCAAGGCUGGACGAAGGACCGGGUCCACGAGUUCAGGAACCAGUGCUAUGCAAAACUGGGAGGACGAGUCCUCACAAGCUCUCCUCCACAAAAGAGAUUCAGCCAAGGCACAAGGGAGCCCCUGCACGAGUCGAAAGAGUCAGAUCCUCGUGCCGUCGCAAGCCACGGGCAGUCAAAGUCACAAGCCUUGCGCAAAGCGCAUCAAGCGCACCUCCUGCCCGAAACGCUUCAUCCGGCGAAGCGUCCCCGCAUAGAUGAGUCCCCAACCUCCCCAACCAGCAAGUGGAAGCUCCAGAGUUCCAACUCCAAGAACCGCAGCGGACAGGCAUUUCUGCAGCCUACAGACCUGAAGCUCAUCUUGGAUGACCCGCAGGCCUAUUCUUUGCCGCACAAGGAAGUGCGGAGCAUCCGCUCACAGGGCCUGGUGGGAUCGCAAGCUUCCCUACCAGCUUCACAGCCGGAGACCCUGCAAGCAAGAGUGAGGCAAGCAGCCACUGAUCUGGAUGAAGCACCACGUGGUCCACAAACAGAGAGUUCGGAUACAGGAUUCAACGGCGGCUUCUUUGGCUGUUGCGGUUGCUGCUGCCAAGCACAUUGGCGAGCCAAUGCAGCUUCGGGCAUUCGGCAGAAGUGCCCAGGUUCCCCGGGAAGGAUCGUCACAUGCCCUGGCCGCGACCAGAGCAAAGUUUCCAGGAAUCCGAAUCCAGGUGGAUUUGCAAGUGCGGACAGCAGUCGACGGCUGAACUUGGAACACGAUGCUACAGCGGUUGCUGCCGUGGUCAAGCCACCAGCUCCCAAUGUCGAAGCAUACAGUGCUCAACAGCCGAUCUUCAAGAAUGAAGUGGGUGAAGGGGAUGCUGAAGGUUCUCAGCUGGAGAGCAGCGCACAUUCUACAGCAUCUGCUCCGGAGAGCCAGCACCGUCCAGAAAGCCAGCCAACACCCUUCUGCUGGGAUCUUCCAGUGGCGAAGAUUGUGGAGUCUGUGCCAGACUCGCUGCCUCCAUUCAUAGACUUACAAGAGCCAGCCGCUCUGCCGGCAUCACCUGCAUCGAUACCAGUGCCAGAUCCGCCUCGCGUCCUGGAGAGCUUGCCGACCCCAUGGUUCAGCCAACCUACCCCCCAAGUGCAGCUGUCUGAUCUGCGAUACGUCAGCGAUCUAACUCCCGUGCCACCUAAGCAAGAGGAGGACGGCCUGCCAGGCCUACCGAGCUCCAGCAUUCCGGUGCCUGUGGACUUCGCUCUUGAAGAGAACUCCAGCCAGCGCCAGAUGGCCUCGCAAGCCUCGGCUGCACCGGCUGCACCUGCAGUCCCAUCGAAACCUACUGGCGAGGCAACGCGUGAUCCACAGGACUCUCCGUUUGCAACAUCAUUGGACGUACUGUCCUUGACGCGAGAUCGGCUCCCUACAGGCAGCAUCAAGCAGGAUUCACGCAUGGCCAAGCCAGACUCGAAUUUCGCGGCGCUGCUGCUGCAGCGCUCUCGUGCAGCAGCCGCCACCCGCGGUGAGGCGCAAAGGGAUGCUUUCAAGAAAGAAUCACUUCGCAAACAGAGACCACUGGAAGACUCAGACGCGACUGAUUUACCGCCGGCCUCGUGUUUGACGGCCGUCGGGCGUGCAACAAUCUGCAAUCUCCACGUUGCCGGCCUUCCCGAUGCAGCGGAUGAGGAGACCGUGAGGCAGCUGUUCGCAGCAUACGGCACCGUGGAGUCGGUCAAGGUGAUACCACGAAAAGGGAGUGCUCCGACCUAUGCCUUCGUGAAGUAUCAGAGCCCAGAGAUGGCCAGAUAUGCCGUCGAUGGUCUCACUGGCUACCAGAUCGACGGAAACACGUUGACCUUGCGCCUGACGAGCAAUGAGCCACUAGAGGCUUACAAAGGCGGCGGAGGCGCUCCCGCCAACGCCGGGCCUUACCCUGGAAAUGCCGGGCCUCAUGGCAAGGGAGGACAGGGACCACCAGUACCACCGGUGGCUGGCCAGUGCAAUGUUUACGUCGCGGGCAUACCUGAAGCCUGCUCUGAACCAGAGUUCAGGGACUUCUUUUCCCGCUUUGGCGCAGUCACGUCAACGAAGCUGUCAGAUCAGACAAAAAAUGGCACUCGAUAUGGCUUUGUGAACUUCACGACUUCGGAGGAGGCUUCCAAAGCGAUACAAGCCACCAACAACUACCAGCUUGGGCAGUGCGUGCUCACGGUCCGGUUUGCAAACAACACGAAAGGACACGGCAAAGGCAAGGAAGGCCCUUUAGGCGGUCCUGGCUAUGGCGGCCCUGGAGGAAUGGCACCUGCAGGCGGAGGAUACCCAGACGAUUGGCCAAAAUAUCCUCCUUCUGACACGAUGGUGGUGCAGGGCCUGUCUGCAACUCUGACGGAAGACAACAUAAAGACAGUCUUCACCAAUUAUGGGCAGGUUCAUCAAGUGAGGAUCUUGGAGCAGUUCGAGGGACUCCUGUCAGUUGAAAUAAAGAUGAAAAAUGUUGAGCAAGCGGAGUGGGUUGUGGGCAAGCUUGACGGAAACAUCCCACAUACGUUGGAAACCCCUGUGGCGGUGUUCUUUGCUUGUUGUCCCGUUGACCCGAGACAGGCAAUGCUGAUGCAGAGAAGGAUGUCGUCCAGCUGUGGUGCGCGUUUCCUUCUCCUGGGUGCAGCGUGCUUGCUGGUAAGCCUGUUGAGCACCGAGCCCACUUGGCUUUCCCCGGUCACCGGUGCCGGCGGUACAUCGCAUCAGAUGGUGUCGCAGCCAGCAAUGGCAGCAGGAGCUCUGACUGCAGGCGUAUUUGCACGGGGACGCAUCAGCGGCGCCCUGCUAGGUGGAUGCCUUGCUGCCUGUGUGCUGCCCUUGAUGGUCACGAGAAGCUGCAGAGUUGGAAUGGCUUCGGUGGCACAGGCUCCCUUUGGAUGUAUCGAGGAUGGUGCCACUGAUCCCUCCCUUUUCAUCCAGACGAACGUCAAGCUCGGUGACAAAAAAAUGGACUUCAUGAAGGCAGCUUCCAAAGCGGUGGCCGAGUCGCUUGGCAAGCCGGAAAGCUAUGUCGCGGUUUCGGUACAGGAUGACCAAGAUAUCAUUUGGGGCGGCAGCGAUGCACCGUGCGCACUGUGCAAAGUAAUUUCGUUGGGAUCCAUAAACAAGGAGAAUAAUGGAGCGCUCACCAAAAAGGUAUCAGAGCUGCUGAAGGAGUUCGAUGUUCCCGCGAAUCGGAUCUACGUCAAUUUCUUUGACCUUGAGCGGCAGAAUGUGGGCUACAACGGUGCUACCUUCGCCGGCUGA